AUGCCUACGAAAUGCAAGUUUGAGAAUAUAGUGGCGAGUGAAGAUGAGGUAUCUAAAUUGAGGCUUCCUGAACCUCGUGAUUACCAUUCUAAAAUUUUAAAAUUGGAGCCGAAAGGAUCAAACCAUAGCCUAGAUAUGUUGACCAGGGAGGUUAUAGAGUUGAGAAAAGAACUUGCAAAGGAGAAUGAAAAUCACAAAGCUCUUGAAGAGAAGAUAGACUUACAAUCUAUUCAAAUAAAAGAAUUUGUGAUGAAUUCCAAUAAACAAUUAUUGAAGGAUAUUUCUUUGUUGUUUGCUAAGAGAGAAAACAGUUCUUUUACUCAAAAAGCCAGGGAAUCAUCCAACAAAAAGGCUGGCGAGACAUUUUUUGGUGGAUUAGACUUCAAUGGAGCAUUUUCUCCUUGUGUUGAUGCAUCAAUACAUGUGUCAAGAGGGCAUGACACUCAAGUUGUAGAAUCUGCUCAGCAUGAAAAAUCUCAAGUGUGUAAAGCUAUCGUUAAAUUUGCUAUUGUUGGGAAUUCUGAAAGCAAAAUUGAUGAAGAUGUUGCAGGAAUUGCUAUUGAACAAGUUUUAUCUGAGGUUGUUGUUGAUAUAAAUGGAGAAGAGGCUGUUGAUCUUAAUUCAGUUGAGGCACAACCUAAUAGUAGUGCAGUUAACAAAGGUAAACUAGAUUGUGGUGCGUCUACUGAUGCCGAUGCGGCAAAGGGUUGUCAAAAAACUCCUCAAACGCUUGAUGACUUCAUGUUGUGUGCUGAAGAUCUUUCCCAGAUUUGUAAGGCAGAAGCAUCAUACCUAAGAAAGAAAGCCACUGUGGAGGAAAACAAAAAGAAAAAGGCAGCCACUAUUGAGGAAAACAAAAAGAAAAAGAAAGCAGAAAAAAUACCAGGAAAGUCAGUUAAAUCUCCUUAUAUACAACAUUUUGAAUCUGGAGGGACUUUAUGUGUAACACGUCAAAUAUUUGAGAUAAAACAUCCCUUUUCACUUGCAAUCGGAAUAGAUGAUGAAUCUGAUUUGAUAGAUUCAUUCACUGUGUGGCUUUAUACGGGUACAAAAAAGAGGGGAAAGAAACCGUAUCCAGAUGUUAUUAAUGUCCUCAAGCCAGCAUUUGAAUUAGGUGUUUGCAAUGUACAAGCAAAAGAAUGGUUUUUCAAAUUGGCACAUUCUGGUCAAGCAUGGAAUGAUGAGCAUCUUGACGUGAUUUUUUAUUAUAUUAGAAAGAAGAGGAAGUAUGAAACCAAUAAUAAUAUUCGAUUUACAACUACUGAUUGUCUAUUCAAGACAAAGAUUGCUCAAUCUUAUUUUCAACUUUAUGAAGCUCAUGAAAAUAAGAAGAAAUUUGGAAUCAAAACUUCAGACGCUAUUGCUGAGUAUAUAUGCGGACGCCAUUUGUUGGCAAGCACCCCAUGGGACAAAGUGGAUUAUGUUCUCUUUCCAGUAAAUAUUAAAGAGGGUUAUCAUUGGGUUUUUGUUGUGUUUGAUAUUGUUGAAAGGUGUUUGAAGGUGUAUGAUUCAUUUCCGGCUAGAGGGGGGGUGAAUUUUCUGACUCAAAACGCUGCUGGCAUGAUUUCAUCGGUUUUACCAUACUACUUGAGUGUGGUCAAGUUCUAUGAUAAGCGUCCUGAAUUGAAGAAAUCACCUAAAUACUAUCUUUUGGACUGUGGAGUUUUUGUGGCUGCAUUUGCGGAGUUAGUGAGCAAUGGCCAGGAUAUUGCAAAUCAACAACUAAGUGCAGACAGUCUCCGAAAGAGGUUUGGGGCUCUACUAUGGGAAUAUGUAGUGAAGAAGCAAAAGAGUAACCUUCAAAGUGAAGAUGAAAGACCACAUAAAUAA